AUGCCUCCUCUACGAAAAGCGGAUCGAAGGAGAUCCGAACAACCGCCCAUGACCGAGAUGUCGACCGUGUCGAUGCAGUCCACAUUGAGACAAAGUCAAGAGUCAUUCCUUGAAAAGCCCACAUCAGUUCAUCCGGUAUAUGGAAGCUACAGAGAGAGCGUCGAGUCGCCGAGACUGUCGCGGAGACCAGGUUUAUCAGACCUCCACAACAGAACCCUCUCGGAUCUCAUGACUGAGAGCAUCGCGGACAGCUCUUUGGAACCUCCAAAUGGGGGUUAUCCGCCGUUUGCUCCUGGUCCACGCUCGACCUAUUCCGAGUCGCAGUCGCAGACGCGGAGCUCAUCUCCUUAUCCGGUACCGUCACCUUUCCGAAGUCAAGAAACAUUAAAACCCCUCGUCCCCGAUGCUCCCACGACGUACUUCAAGAAAGAUUGGGUUAAGGAAGGUUCCAUCGCUCAGCUCCAUUCGAGGGACGACAAAGAAUUCCUCUCAGGCAAGAAGAGAUGGCUUUUCCGUUGGAUAGCGCCGCUCCUCUGUCUGAUUUCCCUCUCGUUGUAUUGGUUCUACUUUGGCUUGCGUAUCGCCUUUAUCAUUGACGCCCAACACCACUACAAGUCGCCUUUCCCUCUUGCCUGGAUCUUCGUGGCCAUCGAAAUCUCCAUCGCGGUGCCAAUCUUCAUGCAGACCUUGUGGUCUUUAUUCAUCCUCAAGAAACGGCACCGACCAAAGUUGAGGCUUGUCGGUAAUGAGGUGCCUACCGUCGACGUCUUCAUCACGUGCUGUGGCGAGGACGACGAUCUGAUUCUCGACACGGUUCGCGCCGCUUGUGACUUGGAUUACCCUCAAGACCGAUUCCGUGUCGUUCUCCUCGACGACGGCAAGUCAGACGCACUCAAGCACGUGCUAGAAGAGAUGCGGGAGUCGUUUCCAAACGUCUUCUACAUGCGUCGUCCGAAAUUCCCUGGCGUCCCUCACCAUUUCAAGGCUGGCAAUCUGAACUAUGGCUUGGACGCGGUCCAGAGCUUGCCAGGCGGAUCCUCGGAAUUCAUGGCCGCUUUGGAUGCUGACAUGAUUCCUGAGCAACAGUGGUUGAGGGCUGUGCUCCCCCAUUUGUUGAUCGAUGAAAAAAUGGGUCUUGCUUGUCCACCGCAGCUAUUUUACAACGUCCCCAAAGACGACCCCCUCUGCCAAAGUCUCGAUUUCUUCGUUCACGUCUCAGAACCGGUGAAGGACGCUUUGGGAGUUGCGUGGUGCACAGGAUCUGGAUAUGUUGCUCGAACUGUCGCCCUCGCCCAGAUUGGCAAUUUUCCCUGCGGAUCGCUUGCGGAAGAUGUUGCUACUAGCACUCUGCUGCUUGGCUCUGGCUGGAAGACUGCCUUUGUCCACGAGGCGCUUCAGUUUGGCACUGUGCCUGAAGACUAUGGUGGGCAUCUCAAGCAACGUACGCGGUGGGCCAUUGGCACGGUCGAUACUGCCUUCAAGCUCAAAUUCUGCCUGUGGGGCGACAAGGUCAGGCAUAUGACUUUUGCGCAGCGGUCGUCCAGCUUCAUCUAUGCCUUCCUCAGCUUGUUCAACAUCUUCCUCACCCUCUCCAUCUUCGCCAUGCCCAUUGUCCUGAUCGCCAACAAGCCCCUCGUUGCGUACGCAAACGACACGCAACUACGGUGGCUGAUCCGCGCAUGUUUCGCUAACAUGGUGUUCAAUCGGCUGUGUGAGUUUGUCCUCUUCAUUCCCGCUGGUUAUGCCACCGGACAAAGAGGUAGCCGGUAUCAGCUCUGGAUGGCCCCAUACAUCUCUCUCACCAUCAUCCGAUCGUUUGUUCUGCCCACUUGGUUGGGCGGGCAACGACAAGCCUUCAAAGCCACCGGUUCGAUCAAGUCGGCGUUGAAUGAGCGAGACCCCAAACUGCGAGCACCCAUGUGGCGACGUAUCUGGACGAUCUGUGUCAAUUAUCUCGCCGGUUUCCACGUGGCAUACGUCUAUUUCGUCCUCGUCGCCGUCACCUUGUCAUCCUACCGAACUUUCCUAACCCAACAUACCCUGCGGGGCAAGCUUGUCGGCCUCUUGACCCACGCGUUCUGGCCCCCUCUUGCGUGGUUGAUCGUGUGCUCAUCCUUUUGGAUCCCUUUCACCUAUGCUUGUGACCCUCCCAACUGCCCAGAUCGAGAAGAACUCCUGAUCCGCGACCCGAAAACAAAUGUCGCACACCCGACACCAGAGGCGAAGAAGAUCGCAUUUGCUCCGCAGUCAGUUUUCUUUGAACUGGAAUAUUCCGUCACCACUGCUUUCACGGCGCUCGUGUUUGUGGCGGCGUUCUUUUACUGA